AUGCCAAGGUCUUUCCUGGUGAAAAAGGUGAAACUGGAUGAUUUCGCCACCGGGGCGGAUCUAGAGCACGCCUACCGGCACCGGACAGACCUCAGCCUGCGGCUCCAUGACAAAGGUUACAUCAGUGACUACAUCAGCCCUGUUGUGUAUGAUAAUGAGAGUGACAGCGGGAUCAAGGUGCCCUCUCCUGACCCCCUCUACGAUGGCAUCCACAGUGACUACGGGGCCCCUGACUCUGAAUCCCCCGACAGUCCCAGUUCUGAGAUCACCGAUGGCUACAUCAACGGGGACGCUGCGGUGAGUGACGGUUACUCAGUCGAUGCCUUCUUCAUCACCGACGGCCGCUCGAGAAGGAAAGCCAUCGGCAGCCCCAGGACCAUCCAGAGGCACACCUGUAACGAGUGCGGCAAAACCUACGCCACGUCUUCCAACCUAAGCCGGCACAAACAAACGCACCGAUCGCUGGACAGCAAACUGGCAAAGAAAUGUCCUACCUGCGGGAAGGUGUAUGUGUCCAUGCCUGCAAUGGCCAUGCAUCUGCUCACGCACGACCUCAAGCACAAGUGUGAUGUAUGUGGGAAAGCGUUCAGUCGACCUUGGCUUCUGCAGGGCCACAUGCGCUCGCACACAGGGGAGAAGCCAUUCGGAUGCGCCCACUGUGGGAAGGCCUUUGCAGACCGCUCCAACCUGCGUGCUCACAUGCAGACCCACUCGGCCUUCAAGCACUUUAAGUGCAACGCUGCGACAAGACCUUCGCGCUCAAGAGUUACCUGA